UACGCACCGCAUACACGCAUACACAUAAAAACACACACAAACGCUUGCAUCAGUUCUACACGUAUACGUAUACGGAGGUACCGGGUAAAGAAUAAUCGUCGCGCGACUUUACGUAUUCUCGCGCACAUUACGGACGUUUCCAGGCUCCAGGAUGCAGGCUAUCAAGUGCGUGGUUGUCGGUGACGGAGCAGUGGGUAAAACGUGCCUCUUGAUAAGCUAUACUACCAAUGCAUUCCCGGGUGAAUACAUCCCAACCGUAUUUGACAACUAUUCUGCGAACGUGAUGGUGGAUGGAAAGCCCAUUAACUUAGGUCUAUGGGAUACUGCUGGUCAAGAAGAUUAUGACAGAUUAAGACCGCUGUCCUAUCCACAAACAGAUGUAUUCUUGAUUUGCUUCUCUUUGGUAAAUCCUGCAAGUUUUGAGAAUGUUCGUGCUAAAUGGUAUCCAGAAGUACGUCAUCACUGUCCUGCGACUCCAAUUAUUUUAGUAGGCACUAAAUUGGAUCUACGUGAGGACAAAGAAACUAUUGAGCGUCUUAAAGAUAAGAAACUUGCACCUAUUACUUAUCCUCAGGGUUUGGCAAUGGCAAAAGAAAUAGGUGCUGUUAAAUAUUUAGAAUGUUCCGCUUUAACGCAAAAAGGUUUGAAGACUGUUUUUGAUGAAGCAAUUCGUGCUGUUUUAUGUCCUGUUCUUCAGGUUAAACCAAAACGCAGAUGUUUCCUUCUAUAAUAUUAAUUGUUAUCUUUUGCCUAAUGGUCUGGAGUUCAAUUGAGCAUACUACCAUUUCAUCUCCAGCCUGUCAAUUUUAAUUGAAUCACUACAAGUUACCGAUCUUCGACCCCAUAGUGUAGUUUGUGUCCAGCUCUGAUAGACUGACUACAGCUGCCAUGAAAACGCACAAAUAUCAAUUUGGUGAUUCUUAUACUGAAAGAUUAAAAUACCAUUGGGACAAAAUUUACAUUCAUUGGAAAUGCAAACUUAUCCUGUUAUCUCUGGUUACUGAAAUCGAAAAGAUCAAAGCACUAGUUUUUUGUGCUGAUCAUAUAAAUUUCCAGUCCAAGCUUUAAUCUCAUAACAAAGAGAAAUAUAAGUAGGCUGGUAUUCUAGAUAAACAAAGUAUAAAAGAUACCGAAAGAAGAACUGAUUCUGUACAGUAUGCUAAAGUGUGUUAUUAAUAUUAUGAUUAAUAAUUAUAUAUAAAGGGUAAAAUAUACAAAUAUUGCUAUGUAAUUGUACAAGAGCCCAAAAAUCGAAUACUAAUCAGCUUAAUCAAACGGGAGAGUGAUCCAUGUAUAGUUUGCAGCUGUAUAUACACAUAAAAGAAUAAAAGAAAUCUUUAGAAUUUUAUCUUUAUAAGAGAAUAUAUGUUAGCAUAAUUCAUUGAUCAUAGAUAUAUUACUUUACUGCUACAUAAAUUUAGCUACAUUGGUUUCUCACUUUAUACGUUUUAGCCAAAUUUCAAAUAUUAUUCGAUUCAAAAAUAAUUAGCUGUAAGUAAAUAUUUUUAAAACGAUAUCUUAUAUACAUUCAUGGAGAUUUUGUAUAUAUAUAUAAAAAGUCAGAUUUCUCUCUAUAUAUAAAACUUGAAUUGCUAUGUAAUCAUGAUAAUACCAUAUGCAAUUGCAAACCAUGGAAUAUGGCGCACCUUUUUAAUUAAACUGAUCAACAUUUCUCUAUACAUACCAGAGUUUAAAACAGACAAUUGUAUAAGUUUUUGGUGUAUAUGAUAUGAGUAUGUAUGUAAAAUCAAUUUAUUACAUUCUCUGCUUCCUUGUGCUGUUUUUUACAGUUUUACUGUAGAAUCUGUUAUUAGUACGCACAGUACAUUGUCUUAAUGUAGGCUGUAUUGCAUACCAGUCGAACAUUAAAAGUACAUCAAAUUAAAUAAAAGAAGCAGAGGAUAAAUGUAUGCAAAAUAAGAAGCAGUAUGUAUGAUUGAGUGUACGACAGGUAUGUCAGAUGUGUGAUAAAAAGGGAGCACGAAUGUGUAAGUAUAGAAAAAGAAAAAAAAAAAACAAAUCUAUAGCAAAUAAUUGUACAUAAAUGCUGAAGUUCAAAUGUAUUCCUAUUAUUAUCACUUAUGUGUAUAAGUCACUGAUCGAAUCUAAAUCGAACGUUACUUGUUUUUUUAUAUAUAUAUUAUAAAUAUAUAUAAAAGGGCUGGAUCAAGAUCUAUAUUCGAACGUCGUCAAAAAUCCACCAACCUGUGCAAUCUAUGUCAGGUGGAAUUGAGAUUCGGUCCAUGGAAAAAGAAAAAAAAACCAUAAAUACUGUAACUAAAUAUGCUUUAUUAAAUGGGUGUUUAUUAAG